AUGGCUGUUAAAAAGGGCUGGGACAUAUUCCAAUUGGAUGUGAACAAUGUCUUUCUCCAUGGAGACCUACACGAGAAAGUAUACAUGGAGGCUCCUCCUGGACUUGUAGUUGAUCAAUGCAGUCCAAGUAGAGUGAAAACUUCCUCAUCCAUCAUCUUUGUGGCUGUAUAUGUUGAUGUUGUUAUAAUCACUGGGACUAACUCAAAAGAGAUUGCAAGCUUGAACGCCUUCCUGGAUCAAAAGUUUAGAAUAAAGGAUUUGGGCAGACUUCACUAUUUCUUGGGUCUAGAGGUCUUAUACAAACCAGAUGGUAUUCUUAUUUCUCAAAGGAAGUUUGUUUUAGACUUAUUGAAAGAAUACCAGUGUUUUGUCUACAUCAAUGCCUCCUCACCUCUUGAUCCUACUGUGAAGCUAAAAGCACAAGAGGACUGGACAGCUUGCCCGGACUCUAAAAGGUCUGUUGGGUACAUUGUUUUAGUAGGAGACAGCCCUAUUAGCUGGAAGUCCAAGAAGCAGGAGACUGUUUAUUUGUCCUCAGUUGAAGCAGAAUAG